CAAAAUUAUCGGGCUGAUCGAUAAUUUGAGGAAAAUGAUAUCUUACAAUUAACUGUAUAUUAUUGAUACUUCUAUCAUCCAUGUAUUUGAUUUUUAAUAAUCAUGUAGCUGCUCCCGACUCUAGAGCAUCCAGAAAGGAUAAUUUAGAAAAAAUAUCAACAACUAUUCUUGUGCCAUGUUACCGAACAACUGAAGAAACGAUGGGAGCAUUGUUUAAGGGGCGACGAGAAGAAACUAAAGGCCAGGAAGAAAUAUCUGGAAAGUAUAAAUUACAAACCAGAAACAUUCGAUAUUACGACAUAUAUAAAUCUAAGCUGAAUGAUGAAAUUAUGAGUUUCACAUGGUUUUACCACAAACCUUGGAUUGUACAUAAUUUGUAAUAGUAUUUGCCUCUCAAAGUAUUUACUAGUUGUACCAGUUUCACAAUGUUUUGCGUUUCAACAACAAUAAUCUCGAAUUCAUUUGGACACUUCCC